GACCGACAGCGUUGUAAACGCCGGUUAAAUGUGCCCCACCCUACUGUACACAGCGCGCUUUCAAAUAAACCCGAAAAUACAUAUCCAUAAAAACCGCUGCCAUUCGCUAUUAUACGCGUUAAUACGCGCGUAAAGCAGGCGUUUUGGGCGCGUUAACACUCGAGUAAGUGAACACGCGUCGUCAGGUGCUGCAGCGUCCAUAAACGCCCACCUAGAACAGUACCAGACGAGAGCUGCGCUUACAUCCGAGAUGGCAAAAGCAGACCAGCGCUUUGGGCAGAGAGAUGGAUCUGAUCAGAACUUUGACUACAUGUUCAAACUCCUGAUCAUUGGCAAUAGCAGUGUAGGAAAAACCAGCUUUUUAUUCAGAUAUGCAGAUGACUCCUUUAGUAACUCUUUUGUCAGCACAGUCGGCAUCGACUUUAAGGUGAAGACAGUUUACAGGAACGACAAGAGAGUGAAGCUCCAGAUAUGGGAUACAGCUGGACAGGAGCGGUAUAGAACUAUUACUACAGCUUACUACAGAGGAGCCAUGGGCUUCAUACUUAUGUACGACAUCACAAAUGAAGAGUCCUUUAAUGCAGUGCAGGACUGGGCAACACAGAUUAAGACCUAUUCAUGGGAUAAUGCUCAGGUGAUAUUAGUGGGGAACAAAUGUGACAUGGAUGAGGAGAGGGUGGUGCCUUUGGAGAAGGGGAAACACUUGGCCGACCAGUUAGGAUUUGAGUACUACGAAGCCAGUGCCAAGGAGAACAUCAACGUCAGACAAGUAUUUGAGCGCUUAGUCGACAUAAUCUGCGUGAAGAUGUCUGAGAGAGUCGAUACGGAUCCAUCCAUAGUCACCGGUGCCAAAACCACCCGGCUAACCGAUAAGCCGCCCCAGCUACCUCAGAAUUGCUGCUGAUUUCGGUCUCUACUUAUAUGCCAACCUAUCAGCAGCGGCUCCGAUGUUGUUUGGUUUAACGUUCUGUUUUAUGCCGAUCGGAACCGACCUGGGGUGCGUUUCCUGUGCAACAACGUCACUCACUGCUUAACCUCCAUAGUAUGAAGCAUCGUUGGAGAAAUUAACUAGUUAGUCACAACUGUUUCCCGAAAUCAUUGCAACAUGUUCGCACUUUUGUUGUUUGAACCACGUUGGGUCAACAAUAUAGGAAAUAUGUUAAAGACCUUACACAGGUUGUGGAGAAAUAACCUCUGCUAAUUAAUUGAUUCAAGAUCGCUUUUGAUGUAAGAUAAAUUUUUUUUAAAUCACAUUAACAUGCAGUUUUUAUUCAGUCAGGAACUUUCCCACAAUGUUAUUGAUCUCAGAGAUGCUAAAUGAAUACUUACAUUUUUGUUAUCUUCAUUUUACUUUUUUUUGUUUGAUUCAUACUCUUCUAAAACAGUGCUAAAAUACAUAGAAUAAAAUGUACAUGCAUUUAAAUUUCACACUAACAAUAAACUAUGCUUCAAACCACAGGUCGAGAGCUGUGGUUAUAACCUCACAAGGUUGCGACGCUGUUUACGUACCCAGUAAAAUCCCCAGAGUUAAAUCAACUCUGCUCAGAGUACAUAUGGUCCCUCUCUAAAUAGAUAAGUUAAAUUAAUAAGGCUGUGACUGAAGUCAGUUGUAGUUCUUGUGUUUCUCUU